ACCAGUUGUGUUGAUAAUAAGACGUUAUAACGAGUUAUAGAUUAGUUUUUUUUUUAUUCAAACGACUUAACGUUACCUUAUGAAAGCAUGUGUGUUCAUGUCUAACCUUAGUUGAAUGGUGGCGGUGCUUUAUCAUCAGUCCAUUAGAAUCUACUGAAUGUCAGUAUCAUUGAAGAGAUGAAUGCCCUGGUCGCCCUUUGUCACUUCUGCGAACUCCAUGGGCCUCGGACCCUGUUUUGCACCGAGGCUGUUCACCCACCAUCUCCCUCGCCUUCUCAGCCGGGAUCAGCGAUCCUCACUGACAGAGAGCGAGAAGCAGAGCGGGAUGGAGAGGGACUCACCAUGAGAGCCAACAGCUCAGCCACACAUGGAGCUGACAUGUGUGAGGGCUGUCGUUCCCUCCCUGCGUCUCACCCCGGUUUUGUGAGUGUGGACAAUGAGACAGGAAUUCGCUUCCUAAGUCAUCAGCAUCCACGCCAGCCUCAGUUGUUCAGUGUGGUUCGUCAGGCUUGUGUCCGCAGUCUCAGCUGUGAGGUGUGUCCGGGUAGAGAAGGACCCAUCUUCUUUGGGGAUGAGCAGCACGGCUUUGUGUUCUCACACACGUUCUUUAUUAAAGACAGCCUGGCACGUGGCUUCCAGCGCUGGUACAGCAUUGUCAUAGUAGCCAUGGACAGGAUCUACCUCAUCAACUCCUGGCCUUUUUUAUUGCGCCACCUGAAAACCACAAUUCAGAGUCUACAAAGUACAGCACUCAAGGUGUUUGACAGUGAGCAGGUUGUGUGUCCUCAGAGGGCAGUUCGCAUGAACAGUGCAUUUUCACCAGCAGGGUUUCCUCAUCAACGCUGUGGCAACGCAGCCCGCUCACUUACCUCUCUUACCCAGCAUCCAGACCUGUGGUCCAGCCUGCAUACGUCAUUCAGCUGGCUGUUGAAGGUUUGCGGGAGUCGACUGACUGAGAAGCUGCUUGAAGGGGCACCUACUGAAGACACACUCGUCCUCAUCGAAAGACAAACAGAACAAGAAGAGGAGAUGAAUGCUGAGGAGGCUGGCAGUAGAGCUCAGUGUAGCCAGUCUGACACAGAACAGGGCACAAAUUCCCUGUAUGGUGAUGAUGGCACAGAAGAUGAUACUCCUGGCCCGAAGUUCAGAUCACUAAGACAUUUAAGACAGGUCCUUGGUGCAACAGAAUUCCGACAUUUGGCCUGGCAUGUGCUAAUGGGAAAUCAAGUCAUAUGGAGAAGUGUGGAAUGUGGUCUUAUACAGUCAGCUUUUAACAUGCUUAAGGCCUUGCUUCCGGUGGGUUGUGUCCGAAUGGUUCCUUACAGCACUCAGUACGAGGAAGCUUAUCGAUGUAACUUUCUGGGUCUCAGCCCUGAGGUGCAAAUCCCAGCUCAUGUGACUUCCUCAGAUUUCACAGUGUUGGUAGAUGUGUUAAAUUUGGGACAGGGCAGUGUGUAUCCUGCAUGUGCUGAUGAUCUUUCACGCUACCAGUUCAAUAUCAGCAGUGCUAAUACACAGCCAACAGACCGAGGGCCAACGUUGUUGAAUAAGAUCGAGCUGGCUCUAGCCAAUGAAAACCUUUCUGUUGAGGUGGUGUCCCACUGUCUGCUCUGUCUAAAGGAGGAAUGGAUGAAUAAGGUAAAGGUGCUGUUUAAGUUCUCGAAGGUGGAUGGGAGAGGUAGGGAGGACACACAGAAGGUUCUCGCCCUGCUGGGAGCCACUGGUCCUAGUGAAGAGGACAACGUGCGCCUACUCAAGUUCUGGAUGACGGGACUCAGCAAGACUUACAAAAGCCAUCUAAUGACAGCCGUUAGAGGAAUCGAGAGGACACUAAGCCAGUGAGAUAGAGAGUAUGAGAACAGCUCUUUGUUGCAGAGGGUUUGUGUGUGUGUGUGUGUGUGUGUGUGUGUGUGCGCGCAUGUGCGCAUUGACUGUACAACAUCCAAGUGGGUGUGUAUUUAUCUAAGAUUUAGGAUUUUUGCUAGAGAAGAUGAAUCACUUUAAGAUUUAAACACCUGGAAAUUUUUAUUUUAGUUUCUGUAGUAUUACAACUUGUUUUAUUUAUUUAUUUUAGCUUAAAUAUUCAGUAUUAGGUGCUCAAGUGGCACAGCAGUAAAUUGCAGUAGCCCACUAUCACUGGGAUCCAGGGUUUAAAUCCCCAGCAGUGCUGUCAGGCACUGCCUGUCGGGCGUCCCCAUACAGACAUGAUUGGCUAAUGCUUUGCAAUGGAUCGCUGUCCUGUCCGGGGUGUUUUACGGCAUUGCGACCAGUGAUUCUGGAAAAAUUGGACCCACUGUGAACCUGAUCAGGAUAAAACUGUGGUAAAACAUGAAAAUGAAAUAAAAUGAAUAUUCAGUGUUACCGAGACAAGUUUUGGAUUAACACAGCCCUAAUCCAGAAAAAAGCAGGUACUAUAGAUGUAUGAUCAAACAUUGUAGGGCUGUGCAGUAGAUUGUUCAUUAUCAACACAAUUUUGGGCAUCAUAUUAGACAAAAAGCUGUUCUUGUGCCUCAAAAUCACAACCUUGGGCAUCUGGGUUUAAAUUUCACUUUCUGUUCACUUCAUUCAAAUACUCUAAAAACAUUCUGACAGACUGAAUAGUAAAAAUUGCCCCUUUCUUAAAACAGAAGCCAUGCUUGUUGUCUGUAGUUUGCUCAGUUUUUUUUUUUUGCCUAAAGCUAGUUCCUGCUAAAUACCCAGUCCAAGUGCAUGAUGCAACCAGCACCACCCUGCGUUUAAUAGAUGUUUCAGCUUGCUCUAUGCUUAAAGCCUAAUCUUACCACACAGGGGUAUUAUCAUAUUCUUUCUGAUCUGUAUUACGCUGCUUAGAAAAGUAAAAGUGGAGUUUUGUUACCUUGUGCCUGAUUGUUAUUUGGUGAUCAUUUAAAAAAGAUUAUUCACGUGCUGGGUUCAUUAAAAGUGCAUGACUGUUUUGUUAAUUCUAUUAACUGAAAGUUUGAUACUAGGUACUAAGGUUUAUGUGGCAUGCACAUGACAAAAUAUGCAAAAUAUUUUGUCUUCUCCAUAAAGGGUGGAGAUAUUGGAACUGUGAUUUACAUAUUCUGGUCAUUUAUGUUUGGUUAAUCACUGAUGGCCAGUUUUGUACAUCAGUUCUUCCACUUUCCUACAGAACCAGGUUUUUCUGAAGAACUCUGUUCAGAUUAACAAUAAAUUUAGUCUCUAUCAAAACAUGCACUAGUGUUUGUGCGAGGUUGUCUGCUUUUGCACAUUUUUCUUUUGACAAAAUAGGUGAAAUUCUCAGUUUGUUAGAGUAUGAAUCUAUUAGUGCCCAUGGAUUGCUUUACUCAGCGUCAUGUUCUUUAAACCACGAUUUUAACCAAAUGCACAGGGGUGAAUGAUGUGCUCAAAUAACACUGUUUUGUUCAUACACUUAUUUAUUGCUUUGUAUCCAGAUUUGGCUUUUUCCUUAUCGGGGUCAUGAUGGGUAAAAUGCCACCCGAAAACACUGACCUCAAAGGCAGAACUAAAUUGUAGGGCAUCACACCUUCAGACACUAAUCAUUCACCUACCUACGCUAUCAAGUGCAGUUUGCAUUUUAGCUUUUGCUCUAGUAAAUUUAAUGUUAGGCACAUCUGAGUUGAAUUGUGUCUCUUCUUAUGUGCAUAAAUCUUGUUUUUAUUGGACCCACUGCAUUUACAUAUUUAAUUAUCAUUAGGUUUUAUAAAUGUGUGGUUUGUUUAUAUUUAUGUGUCUUGUAUUUUUAUUAUAAAAUGACCCUAAAUAAUGCUUUGAUUUAUGUUUAGGCAGAUUGUGUUUUGCUUGGCACCUUUUUACAAUGCUUAUGCAGGAUUUCUAGUUUAGCAAGUUUCUAACAGGCUAAACGGUUUUUCAAGAGACUUACGACUAAAACAUGAUUUUAACUAUAGUACUCAAAUAUAUUGAUUUUUAUUUCCCCUCUUUUCAUUUUUCUUUUGACUUGCCUUUUAUUUGGAAAUCCCUCUGAGCCAUCAUUGUUAAUACCUGACACUGCAUGUAAAUGGAAGGUCAUUAAUCCUCUCAGUUGCAAAAUAAAUCUCGUCAGCACUUUUCAUUUCUAGGUUAAUUUUUUUAAAUAAGUGGUCUGAGCCAACUCAUAAUAAUAAGUGAGUUUAUAUUUGUAAACAAAUAGAAGAUCCAGCUGCACUUCUCAUUUCUUUAUUGAGCUUAUUGAUUAAACAUUCACAGUCCAGGGUAGACAGUUCAGGGUAGUGAUCAUCUGGACUAACACCUUGAGAUGAGUUUGUUCUACAAAUUGCCACAUAAAGUCCAAUGAUUAUGUGAACUGUGUAUGAUUAAAACUCAUUUAAUUAUAGGUACAUUUUUUAAAAAUAAUAAUUUACAAUACAUUUAUAUUUAAACUGAGGAAAAAGCAAAAAUAAGAUAGACAAAAAAAUUACACAAGAGCAUAAGUGUCAGACGACAUAUGAACAAAAGAGUUAAAACAAAAGAUCUGCAGGAAUUUUUAGAAUUGCUGUUUUUAUUUCUCCAGUACAAAAAACUCUACAAAACAACGAGACAAUAUGUGGAUAAACGGUUUUGGCAGAAGUACAAAUCACUGUUGAUAGAGAAAAACAACACUGCAAACUAACACCUUUAUCUAAUUCUAGCUGUAAAGCAUGAUGAAUAGAGUAUUGUGGUUUGGGGGGGGGGGGGGCUGCUUUGUCAGGGCUUGCAGUCAUUAAGAGAAUAAUUCCAUUCAGAAUUUCAUCAAGUAUACAGAAGAGUGGUAGCAGUGGUAAGUCGGUAGAAAAAAUGAAUUUUGAUAUUGGGUUUUGAUGUAAGUUAGGCCUAUAUAAUACAGACCUUACCUAACUGUAUUGCUGUGGCAUGAAGUGGAUUGUUUUUACUGCUGUGCAAGCUUGAUUAACAGGAUUAUUGAAUAAAUAUGUUUAUUAAAUACA